AUGAGCAACGAGAUCAGUCGGCGGUCCAGUCGCCUCAAUCUGAUCCAAGCCGAUGAUACGAACUCAUUGACAAGUUUUCCGGAUCCCACCGAGAGUACUACAAGUCUGGACGCCGUCGAUGAGCCUUUGACCAGGGCAGUGUCCAACGCAUCGCCACUCCAGUUCGACGCUGUUAGCGAUUCUCUCAAUGGCCUUCUCGAUACCGGACCGUCCAUGUUCGACGAGCAAGAGAGCGUCCCGAGCGACCCUCAAUCUUUAUCGGCCGCGCCGACUGAGAUUCUUCAAACCAUCAUCGAUCAUCGAGGCGCGGUGGAAAUGGUCCGCCACCUAUCGACAUUACUCGCCCAAAGGGAUGCGCAUGUGACUGCUUUGACUCGUCUUGCCGAAGAGUACAAGGUGCCAGCGGAGCGUAUCGUCGACACCGCAAAGCGAGUUAAGCAAUCCGAACGCCGUCGACUAUCCCUUGCGGCCGCUUSCGAGGAUGUUCGCCCUCWCAAUCCUCCCCGGACCAGUACAUAUGCUGCACCGGAGCCACAGUCUGUCUCCACCGGAACGAUUCGUGGUUUGACUAAACUAUUCGGAGGUGGCAAACGAAAGGAUAGUUUGAGACCAUACGCGUCCGUGACGACCGCCUCUUCCUCAAGAUCAGCCUCAACAGCACCGUCAGCUGUGAGAGGCAGGUCAGAACGACCAAAAUCAAUAGACGUCCAUAGUCUGACUAGCAUCAAUAGCACUGAGAGCGCGGGCUGGACUGCUACUUUGUUUGGAGCAGGUACGAUCAAAGGAUUGACCAACGGUGUACAUCGCGACUCUCGUGCCGCUCGAGAGCCCCGAGAGCCCGUGGAAAUGAGCACUCGUCAUGACCUAGACCAGCUGCCUCCAACUCUGUCUCAGCCCGCUCUUGCCCAGCCAUCCACGAACCUCCAGGAAUCCGAGUGGAACAAGUUUCUGGUCCGUCUGAUGAGAUCUCGUGAGCAAGCGGGAGAGGAAGCCAGAAGUGGCGAACUGGUUGGUGCCUCUCGAUUCGGCAACGAGGGUACCAGCGGGAGACACAAGAUGGAGCUACUCAAUCGGCUUGUCGUAGCAGGCAUCCCCAUGCGGCUGCGKCAUCCUAUCUGGAUGGAGUUGUCCAACACAUACGCCAUAAUGCAGCCCGAUGCUUACAAACACUACUUGAAUCUUCGGGAUAACGAGGAUCCACGAGAAAUUGAUGCCAUACUGAAGGAUGUGCCUCGAACACUGACGAGCAAGUACGACUACUACGCCGAGAAAGGCUACGAUAGGUUGAGAAAGGUCCUCGUUGCGUUCGUCAGCAAGUACCCAGGUCUUGGAUAUACCCAGGGGUUGAACAUGAUUGCCGGGUAUCUGCUACUAGCGAUACCGGACGAGAGCGAUGCCUUUUGGGUUUUGUGCAAAAUGGUGGAUGAGUACUUUCCACGAAACUACUUUUCCAAAGACUCUGCGAUGAGCGCGCCCAUUUCGGACAACGUGGUUCUACGCCAGUAUGUCCGGGAGUUGCUGCCCAAACUCUCAGACAAGAUGAAUGAGCUGGAAGUCGACCCAGAACAUACGGUCCCGCUCAGCUGGUUUUUGACAGCAUUCGCAAGUGUUUUGCCAGAAACUGUGCUGCUACGGAUCUGGGAUGUAUGGCUUUGUCUACCAAACCAGAAGACGUUCCUCUUCAACAUCGCCCUCACGCUCUUGACACAGCAUGCAAAGGGCCUCAUUGAAUGCGAAUCCCAAGGAGAAUGGUUCGCAUAUAUGAGCAACACUGUCUGGGUAUCAGAGGAGCCGGAGAAGGUGAACGAUUUGAUUCGAAUGGCGUUUACCAUGCGUAGGAAGCUGGAGCAGGUGGAACUCAGACGRGCAUUGGCGAUGAAGAAGAUUCAGAAAAGUCCCAGCACAGAUGCGCUGUAUACGCCAGACACGGAACAGGACUAG